AAUUAAGACUGGCGCGACACACUACCACUACGGUACGCGUGCAUGAGAAAUCGGAUAUUUGUGGAAAAUCUGAAUCUCGAGGAAGAAGAAAUCCGCCAUUUGUACUUUUUGUAGAUUAUAUUUGGCUCUCGGGGUAUAGUCCGCUACGAUUGGGAAGAAACAUCACAGCAUCUCUAGAUCCUAUUAGUGUUCAUCUUCGUCUUGUCUCAUCCGAGUUCUGGAUGAGAGGAAGAAUUUCAGUCAUCAUCUUGCCAGUCAGUGAGGGGGAGAGAGAGCCUUGAAAGAGUCCUGUGUUGGUCAGACUCGGAGAGGAGUUUGAAUCGUGAGACUGGCUGGACCUUAUCAUCUCACAGGCCAAACCAUACUGUUUACCGUCAUUUGUUGUGUUGCAAGCUCAGAACAUAUUUUCCGGAGGCGGAGAGAUUGUUGGAAUGGGUGACAUUCAUCUUCCUGCUAAGGUAAUCAAUGGUUGUGUAGCGGGUGUAGUCGGUGUGACUUGUACCUUCCCCAUUGACUUGGUCAAGACUAGGCUUCAAAAUCAACAAGUUAUUGAUGGAAAACGCAUCUACAACAACUUGUUAGAUUGUUUCAUAAAGACCACCAGGGCAGAAGGCUUAAGAGGAUUAUACCAUGGUUAUGCUGUAAAUGCCACAUUGAUCUCUCCGGAAAAGGCCAUCAAACUUGUCGGCAAUGAUUUCUUCCGCCAUCUUCUCCGCACCCCAAGGUUCGUAAAAGCAUCCCCUACUCCGUCCCCCCUCAAAUUACUGCGGUGUUCUGUUUGUUCCCCCAAGUCCAAGUGAAUCCAUCAAUUAUUGAGUAGUGCCCCAGCAGUUGCCAACUCCUUAAUUUUAAUGAAUUGUUUCACCUUGCACGCUUAAGAGCGGACUAUUCUAUCACUUAGCAUUUUCAACUGUAAUUCAAACCUUGCAAAUUCAUGGAACCGCGAUAGUGCAUGCAUUUGUUUACAAGCGUAAUUGUGGUGCAUUGGAAUUGUUGAAUUAUUAAGCAGAUUCACACAAUUCUUCUAGCACACAGUACUACACUUGCCCUCAUCAAAUUGCUAUUCAUUACUCCGACUCAAAUAGCCGCCCAUUAACCCAAAUUAAUUACCCUCAAAUGUGUGUUGGUAAUUACUUGCUUUUCUAUGCAUGUUUCUAGUGGGUCAGAAUUCAUUUGGUUUGAAUAUAUGUAUUUUAUACUAAAAAUAUAUACACUGGCAUGGAAUGAUUUUCCUGGUAUCGUAUUGCAAUUUGCUCCACAUUUUUGAAAGACUGCUAUGCAUUAAGUCUUUUGUAUAGCAUAUUUUUACAUACAUGUAGGACUGUACAUUAAUAGUUGAGAGCUUUUCUCUUGUGACCAAAAAUGCUAUUCAAAUUUGGAAAGCAAAAUUAUUCCCUGACUGGACAGGACAUCAUUGUGUUGAAAUCAUAUAGAGUGAAAAAAAAAGUGUCCUUGAUUUAUUGAUUAUGAUGUUCUAUUUUCAUUUAUGAUCCCCCAGAGUAUUUAAAGAGCUUGCAUCAUAUUUUUUCUUCUUCAAAUCAUUCGACUGAAUUAAAUGUCAACUGGGCAUUGCUGAUGCGCUUUCCAGCUCACUCCUUUCCGCCAGUAUUACAUCACUGACUCGUUAAUGGCCAUUUAUUAAGUUAACCCCUGACAGAAAUACACCUGGUUUGAAGUGAUUAAAUUAUGUUGUAUACAUAAUAGUAUAUACUGGGAGAAAAAGGACAGUAGCUGGUACCUGCUCAAUGUUCCCGUCAUAAUUUUUUCUGGAUGCGUGUGGAUUCAGUGCAAGUGAUAUCUACUGUCAAUGUAAUAGUAAAUACCUGCAUAAUACACAAGCAUCCUCUGUUUUAUUUGUUUCCAAAUAAAAAGGAAAGGGUUUAUUGCCUUGGUGGUGGAUUGAUUACAAGAUGGGGAAGGACAGUUUGAUUUCUCGACAUAUUUUAUACAACCGCCUCUAUAAUUUGGCAUUUGCCUUUGUGGAAUUUCUUAUAUUUUCAGUAUAUGUGCAUCAUGCUUUGCAUCGUAAUACCAACUUUGCAUAGUAUUAGUAAUACACUCUAUAGACUACUCUAACACUCUAUAGAGAUCUUGUAUUAAAAAAUAAGCAUGUUUUGAAUUUUUUAAUCAGUCACUUUUUUAAUAUUAGAUUUUAAGAAUAGACUCAAGCAGAUUUUUAUUUAGAUGAAAUACAUGUACACCUGUAUAUUAAAGGUGGCACUGUAUUUAUAUAAUGGCACAUACAUACUUGUAGAAAAACAAAAAAGGAUGUUUAGAGAUCAAGGACCUACUGUUUGUAAUCUGAAUUGCACAGAUGUAAUUUGUCAGGGAUCGUCUUACAUUUACAAUGCAAGUAGGAAAGAGAGACCGGAAAUGGACUUAAAAUGAUAUCGUGAUUAGAAUUUAAAUGAAAUUGAUGACAGAAAAAGUCAUUCAGACUGGCUAAAAGUAAAAGGAAAUGAAAAUGAUGAUAACUAUGAUUGCAGGGGUUUUGCAAGGUCUACGCGGUUAGAUGAUCCACACUGAUUUAAAUUUUCAAAUCUACUCCUGAAGGACAUGAAGGGAAGGAUUUAUUGUCUCCUCGUUUCCCCACAAUAUAUUUUCUCAAUCAGGGAAGAUAAUUGCUUUUUUCAACUUAUGCAGGCUAUUGUUGUUUGACAGCAGCAAGACGUGAUGCCGGAAAUAACCGGAUACUUCUUUCUCAUGCAUGCUGCGCGGCUCAGAAAAUAUGCUUGGGGGAUGAGAACUCUCAUAUUCCUCAUAUGCAUGUUAAUGCAUAAAGAGCAGCCCCGUUCACAUUGUAAUCUUAUCAUGUUUUCCUUUUAUCAGUAUUAAUAUGCAUGUACAUGUAUCCAAAUUUUGUAUAUAUAAACAUACCUGUCUACAGUACAUGUAUGUGUUGUAGGCCUUUCUUGCCCCUGCCUGUUCUGAAAUGCCAACCGUCACCAAGAGGUGUGUUUACCACAGACCGAUUAAUAUUGCAAAUGGCCCCUGAAUGGCCUGCACGUGUAAUAUAGUGAUUGCUACCCUUUUUCACGCCUUCACUCCUCGUUAAGGGUCAUUCACAUUAUCUUUUAUCUGUUGCAAUGAAUCUGCCAUGCUUAAUAUCUAGUGUAAAUUAUAUUGAGGGGUUUAGUAAUUGUUGCUAACUUGGGUGUUUACAUUUCAAAUCUUUUGCUCUGCAAAUAAUCUAUAAAUAACAUGCCUUGAACUUCUAGAUCCACCCGCACAUACUAGUAUACAGCUAACAUUUUUUUUUUGAAAACAAGGGCAAUUCAUGUACAUGGAAUUGCAAUAAAAACAAGGAAAAAAACAACAACACACUUUAAAAAAAACCCAUGCACAUAAUGUACAUUUUACAUCAUUAUUAAAAAACCACACAACUACAAUAGACGCCAAUGUUCGUAAGGAUGAAGAUUUGAAUUAU